CCCGAAUCACGUGACGGUGCCAACAUGGCGGCGCCGUGGUGGCCGCGCUGUGGCGGCCGCUGAAGGAGGCGCGGUUCUUCCGGGUGAUGGGCUUCGAGCGCUCCCGGCCCCGCCAUGCAGCCCCCGGCCCGCGAGCAGGACGCCCGCACCAAGAGCAUGUUCGUGUCGCGGGCCCUGGAGAAGAUCUUGGCCGAGAAGGAGGCGAAGCGGCCCCCGCACGGGCAGCUGCGGAGAGCCUGCCAGGUGGCGCUGGAUGAAAUAAAGACAGAACUGGAAAAACAAAGAGAAGGCACUGUUGCUCCACCAAAAGCAAACUUCAUUGAAGCUGAUAAGUACUUCCUUCCUUUUGAGCUGGCCUGCCAGUCAAAGUCACCACGCAUUGUCAGUACUUCACUGGAUUGUUUACAAAAACUUAUUGCAUAUGGACAUAUCACUGGCAAUGCCCCAGACAGUGGAGCUCCUGGGAAACGCCUGAUUGAUCGGAUAGUUGACACAAUUUGCAAUUGCUUUCAGGGUCCUCAAACAGAUGAAGGAGUACAACUGCAGAUAAUUAAGGCUCUCCUCACUGCAGUAACAUCUCCAUAUAUAGAAAUUCAUGAAGGAACAGUUCUCCAGACUGUUAGAACCUGCUACAACAUCUAUCUGGCCAGUAAAAAUCUUAUUAAUCAGACAACUGCCAAAGCUACCCUGACACAAAUGCUAAAUGUCAUUUUCACACGGAUGGAAAAUCAAUCUGUACAAGAAUCCAGAGAAGUGGGAAAAACAAAUCAGCAAAAAUCCCAGUCUCCUGCAAUUCAAGCAGUGACCAGAUCUCCAAAGAUGGGUCAGUUAAAGCACCACUAUCAGGAAGGCAAAUAUACUGCUCCUGUAAGUGUGGAAUUAACUAAUGGGGAGCCUGAGAGGACAGGAUACGGAAAUGUGAAGUCAGAGCAGGAUUUGGUUCCUUCAGCAUCAGAGGAAACAACUGAUGGAGGAAAGGAAAUGGUUAAAGGCAUCUUGGAAGAUGUGGUUGAGUCAGCUGUGAAAGUAGCUGAAGAGAAGCAGGUAACAGAAAUGGCUACGGCUCUACCUGCAGUAGAGACUGCAGAUACUGUUCUUUCUGGCUCUAGUAGCGAAAAUGUACAAACAAAUGGAAUUCCAGAUGAUGGACAGUCUGUUUCCUCUACUGAUAAUCUGGAAGCAGAUAUAUCUGGCCAUCAAGCUGCUGCCAAAUUUUCUCAUGUUCUGCAAAAGGAUGCCUUCCUUGUGUUCAGGUCACUGUGCAAGCUCUCCAUGAAACCACUUGGUGAUGGACCACCAGAUCCUAAAUCCCAUGAAUUGCGUUCUAAGAUAGUGUCUCUCCAGCUUCUUCUCUCAGUGCUACAGAAUGCUGGUCCAGUUUUCAGGACGCAUGAAAUGUUCAUCAAUGCAAUCAAGCAAUACCUUUGUGUAGCGUUGUCUAAAAACGGAGUCUCAUCUGUUCCUGAUGUGUUUGAACUCUCUCUUGCCAUCUUUCUCACACUUCUCUCAAAUUUUAAGACUCAUUUAAAAAUGCAAAUCGAGGUGUUCUUCAAAGAGAUCUUCUUGAAUAUUUUAGAGACUUCUUCAAGCUCCUUCGAGCACAAAUGGAUGGUGAUUCAAACUUUAACUAGAAUUUGUGCAGAUGCCCAGUGUGUAGUGGAUAUUUACGUUAACUAUGACUGUGAUUUAAAUGCUGCUAAUAUAUUUGAACGCCUUGUAAAUGAUUUGUCCAAAAUCGCCCAGGGACGAAGUGGUCAUGAAUUGGGAAUGACACUUUUGCAGGAAUUAAGCCUGAGGAAAAAAGGGCUUGAAUGUUUGGUUUCUAUUUUAAAAUGUAUGGUAGAAUGGAGCAAAGACCUUUAUGUGAACCCCAACCAUCAGACAAGCUUGGGUACAUAUAAACCAUCUGAGCAGGAAAUAGCUGAAGGAAAAUGUCUUGACAGUGGAGGGAGACGAAGUAGUGUCAGUUCCUUGGACUCCACUGUGUCGUCAGGAGUUGGGAGUGUUGGUACCCAAACUGCUGUCCCAGAUGACCCUGAGCAAUUUGAAGUCAUCAAACAACAAAAGGAAAUAAUUGAACAUGGGAUAGAGCUGUUUAACAAAAAACCAAAGAGAGGAAUACAGUAUCUACAGGAGCAAGGAAUGCUUGGAAGUACAGCAGAGGACAUUGCACAAUUUCUGCACCAAGAAGAACGUCUCUGUUCUACUCAAGCAGGGGAAUUUCUUGGAGAAGGCAGCAAGUUUAACAAGGAGGUGAUGUAUGCCUACGUGGACCAGCUUGAUUUCUGUGGGAAAGACUUUGUCUCUGCCCUACGUAUAUUUCUGGAAGGCUUCCGGCUGCCUGGUGAAGCCCAGAAGAUUGAUAGAUUAAUGGAGAAGUUUGCUGCUAGAUAUAUUGAAUGCAACCAACGGCAAACGCUGUUUGCUAGUGCUGACACUGCCUAUGUUUUGGCAUACUCCAUCAUAAUGCUGACUACAGAUUUACACAGUCCACAGGUAAAGAAUAAAAUGACAAAGGAACAAUACAUUAAAAUGAAUCGAGGAAUCAAUGACAGUAAAGACCUGCCAGUGGAGUAUUUGUCCACGAUCUAUGAAGAAAUAGAAGGAAAGAAAAUUGCCAUGAAGGAAACAAAAGAAUAUGCAAUCACAACCAAGUGUAGUAAACCAAGUGUAGCUAAUGAGAAGCAGCGGAGGCUUUUGUACAACUUGGAGAUGGAACAAAUGGCUAAAACUGCUAAAGCUCUCAUGGAGGCAGUAAGCCAUGCAAAGGCUCCUUUUACUAGUGCCACUCAUCUGGAUCAUGUCAGACCCAUGUUCAAACUUGUUUGGACUCCAUUGUUGGCAGCUUACAGUGUUGGCUUGCAGAACUGUGAUGACACAGAAGUUGCAUCCCUUUGUUUGGAAGGCAUACGAUGUGCAAUUCGAAUAGCCUGCAUCUUUGGAAUGCAGCUUGAACGAGAUGCUUACGUACAGGCCCUCGCUCGGUUUUCCUUGUUGACAGCCAGUUCCAGUAUCACAGAAAUGAAACAGAAGAACAUAGAUACCAUUAAGACACUUAUUACAGUCGCUCACACAGAUGGCAACUAUCUUGGGAACUCUUGGCACGAGAUCCUGAAAUGUAUUAGCCAGCUGGAGCUAGCACAACUUAUAGGAACUGGAGUAAAAACUCGGUAUUUAUCUGGUGCUGGGCGUGAAAGGGAAGGAAUCAUUAAAGGCUAUGCAUCUGGAGGGGAAGAGUUUAUGGGCCUCGGAUUAGGUAAUCUUGUUGGAAGUGGUGCUGAUAAGCGGCAUAUGGCGAGCAUUCAAGAGUCAGUGGGAGAGACCAGUUCCCAGAGUGUAGUGGUAGCAGUAGACAGGAUAUUUACAGGAUCAACUAGGCUGGAUGGAAAUGCAAUAGUUGACUUCGUCCGAUGGCUGUGUGCUGUCUCUAUGGAUGAGCUGGCUUCCCCUCACCAUCCACGCAUGUUCAGUCUGCAGAAGAUAGUGGAGAUAUCCUAUUACAACAUGAAUCGCAUUAGGCUGCAGUGGUCAAGGAUUUGGCAAGUGAUUGGAGAUCACUUCAACAAGGUUGGCUGUAACCCUAAUGAAGAUGUUGCCAUCUUUGCAGUAGACUCAUUAAGGCAGCUGUCCAUGAAGUUUCUUGAGAAGGGAGAGCUGGCCAACUUCCGCUUCCAGAAAGACUUCUUAAGGCCUUUUGAGCAUAUUAUGAAGAAGAACAGAUCUCCAACUAUUCGGGACAUGGUCAUACGCUGCAUUGCUCAGAUGGUGAACUCUCAAGCUGGUAAUAUUCGCUCAGGCUGGAAAAAUAUCUUUGCUGUCUUUCACCAAGCAGCAUCAGACCAUGAUGGGAAUAUUGUGGAGCUGGCCUUUCAGACUACAGCACAUAUAGUUACAAAUAUUUUCCAACAGCACUUUCCUGCAGCAAUUGAUUCAUUCCAAGAUGCAGUAAAAUGUCUCUCUGAGUUUGCUUGUAAUGUUGCAUUCCCAGACACCAGCAUGGAAGCAAUUAGACUUAUUCGGUAUUGUGCAAAAUAUGUUUCAGAAAGACCACAGGUAUUGAGAGAAUACACGAGUGAUGACAUGAAUGUUGCUCCUGGGGACAGAGUAUGGGUCAGAGGAUGGUUCCCCAUUUUAUUUGAGCUUUCUUGUAUCAUAAAUCGUUGCAAAUUAGAUGUUCGAACAAGAGGUUUAACAGUGAUGUUUGAAAUAAUGAAGAGUUAUGGCCAUACCUUUGAAAAGCAUUGGUGGCAAGAUCUGUUCAGAAUAGUAUUUCGGAUUUUUGAUAAUAUGAAACUUCCUGAACAACAAACAGAGAAAUCUGAAUGGAUGACCACUACGUGCAACCACGCACUUUAUGCAAUCUGUGAUGUAUUCACGCAGUUUUAUGAAGCUUUGAAUGAGAUCCUUCUUCCUGACAUACUUGCACAGCUACACUGGUGUGUGAAACAAGAAAAUGAGCAGUUGGCUCGAUCAGGUACCAACUGCCUGGAAAAUCUGGUAAUACUAAAUGGACAGAAAUUCAGCCCAGAAGUCUGGGGCCAGACGUGCAAUUGUAUGCUAGAAAUCUUCAAAACUACCAUUCCUCAUGUCUUGCUUACAUGGAGGCCAGCGGGAAUGGAGGAAGAUUCAGCUGAAAAGCACUUGGAUUUGGACCUAGAUCGUCAGUCAUUAAGCAGCGUGGAUAAAAACGCUUCAGAAAGAGGACAAAGUCAACUUUCAAAUCCAACAGAUGAAAGCUGGAAAGGGGGUCCUUAUACAAACCAGAAACUGUUUGCUGGCCUCCUUAUAAAGUGUGUGGUACAGUUGGAAUUGAUACAGACCAUUGAUAACAUAGUAUUCUAUCCAGCGACAAGCAAGAAAGAAGAUGCUGAGCACAUGGCUGCAGCUCAGCGAGAUGCACUGGAUGCAGAUAUCCACAUUGACACAGAGGACCAAGGAAUGUAUAAACACAUGUCUUCACAUCACCUCUUCAAGUUACUAGAUUGUUUGCAGGAGUCCCAUUCUUUUUCAAAAGCCUUUAAUUCAAAUUAUGAACAAAGAACUGUGUUGUGGAGAGCAGGGUUCAAGGGUAAAUCAAAACCUAAUCUCUUAAAACAAGAGACCAGCAGCCUGGCUUGUUGCUUGAGAAUACUUUUUCGAAUGUAUGUGGAUGAAAACCGGCGAGACGCCUGGGAUGCCAUACAACAGCGUCUGCUCAGUGUAUGCAGUGAAGCCCUGGCGUAUUUUAUUACUGUGAACUCAGAAAGCCACAGAGAAGCUUGGACCAACCUCCUGUUGCUGCUUUUAACAAAAACACUGAAAAUCAGUGAUGAAAAGUUUAAGGCACAUGCUUCAACAUAUUAUCCAUACUUGUGUGAAAUCAUGCAAUUUGACCUGAUUCCUGAGCUUCGAGCUGUGCUACGGAAGUUCUUCCUGCGUAUAGGUGUUGUGUUCAAAAUCUGCAUAACAGAGGAGCAAAUACGGACAACUGGGACAAAUUUACCCUCAUGGUAGCCCUAAGUAGAAUUGGUUACUUCUGCUUCUUCAUAAAGCUGCUCCAGAGAUGGACUGAAGUGGAUAGGGGAAGAAAUGGGACCCUGGUAUAGCAAAAGAACAGCAAGUUACUCUUAACACAAUGGCAUUUGAGGAGGAAUGGGGAGGGAAGGAAAGGGGGGGGAAGGGGAAUUCCUGACCAUCCUGUGAGAGUAUCACCAAUUUUUAUUUAAAUUAUUGCUAACAGAAUUAGUGCUGUAGAUAUAAAGUCUAUUUGUUUCCAUGCUCAUUAUCCUUAUGAUCAAGUUUCUUUCUUCUAGUCUUCUAUCAGUUGUUCAGUUUUGCAGCCCAACCAAAUCUUAUAAAUAACUGGAUUCCUCAGUGGAAGUUAUUCCCCAUGGAAGUAAUAAAUAUAGUUGUAUAGCCUUGUGAUGUCAGCAUGUGCUCAUAAUAAGCUAUAUUGCAGUGGCUGAUGACCACCUCAGAUCAUUCUGGGUUUUUCUUUGUGUGCACAUGGCUAGACCAGGCAGUGCAUUAUAGGUUUUCAUGUAGACAGCCUGUAGGAUAUUUGGGGAAGGGUUUUUCCUCUUGUUCAUAGGUGAUUUUAGAAGAAUUUUUUUAAUAUCAGUGCUUCAUCCUCCAAGAUCCCUCGUUUUUACAGAAGAAGUACAUAGUAGUGUCAACUCCAUUGAGCUCCUUAGUCUUGAGUUCAAAACAUUAAAAAAGAAAAAGGUAAUUUUUAAACUUCCCAUUGACUUUGAUAUAUGUCCAAAUCAUGGACGCAGCAUCUACAUUAAUAUUAGAAACAGGGUUCAAAGAAAAAAAAAACAAAACACCCUCUUUAUCCUUGAAAACAGUGUAUUUAGUGUAUUUAGUGGUAGUGAUCUGUUUAGGAAGUCUUAUUCUUAAUAACUCUGAAAUUCUCUUUUUUUCUUUUACUGCAUACUUUCAACUUCAUUUUUUUUUCAUGCAAAUAACUAAUAGUUGAGAAUAAAUGUCACUACUGUGAAAUCUGAAUUCCUUGACUGCUUUAGCAAAAUUAAACUUAAGAUCAGUCGUGCACUAUAACAAUUACCAGGACAUUUAUGUGAUUUAAAAAACAUGUGAAGCAAGCAUGAUUUAAUACAAUCUUUGUUUGCUUACCCUGGAGAUUUUCCUUUCUUCAGCAUGCCUAAGUUUUUUCUGACUCUGUUUCCAUCACAUAAUACCAGUUUGUAACAGAAGUCCAGCACAGUGGAGUUAUGUCCUUCGAACUAACCUUAAUUUAAUUUCAAGACUUUUUUUCAAAAAUGGAAAAGCCUGGCAGGAUGGGAGAAAUUCCACUUCCUGAAACGUGUAAACAAAAGUGUUACCCACUGUGCUAUCUGUAUCAGCAAACCUCAGAAACAACAGUAUUCAACAACAGCGACAAUAGAACGGUACUGUGCUCAACUUGUUUUGCUUUUGAGUUUCCUAAUAAGGCAGUCAGUUGAUGUAGUGUUGAGAUAUUCUACUCUCAGAGUUAUUGGUGUGUGUAUAUAUACUUUUUUUUUCUUGUGAGCUAUUUCCAAAGGGCUCAUGGGCAUUCUUCAGUAAAUCAGCUUGUUCUAUGUAAGCAUCGUUUGGCAAUUGUUUGGCAGUCAGUAGUAUUGGUAAGGCUUCCAAGUUUUUAUUUGUAACCAAAGAAAAGCCACAGCCAGGCUAGGUUUUAAACACCCUAUAGAUUAAGUCUGUAUGCUGAUAUUUAAUAUGAGGAAAUAUAUGGCUAUAUUUUAGCAUAAGAAAAAGACUGAAAAAUAAGCGUUGCCAAUAUUGAACUUGCUGCAUUUGAAAUGUCACUUUAUGUUGCAUUUAGUAUAUUUGCUUGUUCCCUGGUAAUGUCACUUAAUUACAAUAAAAUGAAGUAUUUAUUUUAAUUCUAUUUAAAUUUUUAAUAAAUUUGAAAGAAUAAGCCAUUAUUUUUCCUUCCUGUCCUAGAUAGUUCUUAAGCAUAUGUAUAUUAUUUUCAGGUUUUGAAUGUGACACUGCCUCAUUGAAUGUAUACCUGUAUCUCCUUUCAAAACACAAACUUUAGAAGAAGCAUGCAACUUCACAGUUUUGAAAGCCUUACAUCUCAAGUCUUGGAAGAGGUCUCCUAAUGUUCAGAUCUCAAAUUUGGAGUUGCAUCGUGGGCUUUCUUUACUGUAAUGUGCAACGUACUAUCUCUGCACAUUAAUUAAUCAGUCCCUUCUUUCAGCCUUAGUUCUGGGAGAUUCUUCUUUUACUCAAGCUUUUAUUGUAUUUGUACCAUUCGUAAACUGCUGAAAUUAGGCAUGUGACAUUAGAAACAUUCUAGACUUACUGUAGUGCAUGGAGGAGAAGGGGACUGGAAUGCAGUGGGAUUGUAACAGCCUUAAUCCUGUCAUGAUUUUCUGGAAUUGAUUGUACAUCCUAAAGCAAUAAGAGUAGUAUGCAGAGCGUAUACCGGAAUACCUGAAACAGCUGUGUAUUCACAUCAGCUUUUUGUUCUCCUUCAUGCAAUCAGAAAGAUCCUAACCCACAGGCAUCUUAAUGGAGCAUAAAAUGCUGGGCCAAAAUGCCUGCAGGCACUGCUGGUUCUGGCUCUGCUGCUGUGGGAUCUGACCUGCCUGGGUAGUUCUUUAGUGGAAGGAUGAAUGAAACAGGGUUCUGUGUCAGCAUAUCCCAGUAGAGAUCUCUGCGAUACACAGAGUAAUAACAAAAAACCAACACGGUUCUUGGACUGCUGAAGUACCGUUGCAACAGACGACAGACAGAUUUUUACCUAUAAGGGUACAAAUAAGGAGACUGCAUGGUAUUUACUGCUACUUAUUGUAGACCCUUCUAGGCAGCAGGCUGGGGAUGCUGUGAGGAGAGCGCUGUGCCCUGCCUGCCAUCUCACUCCGGGGCUCCUUCCCCUUUCCUGCCCCGCUCCCCGAGCUGCCAGCAGAGCCGUGCAGAGCAGCUCUGCCUGAGAGGAGCCAACAGCCCCGACUUCAGCUAUUGGCAAUUAAGUGUAGUAUCUUUUAGCCUGAAGUAAAAUUAUGCUUCUCCUGUCCAAAGUGCGGCUCUCUUUAAUCUGUAAAUUGUUUGUUCAGCACCUUUAAUGUUGUUUGUGGAAAAUGUAUGUUUUCACGUAUUUAAGAUGCCUAUGUUUCUGAGGACUGCCAUAUGAAGUGCAUUUAAUACCGAUAAAGAGCAGUCCUUGUCCUCUGGUUGUACACAUUUUUGAGAGAAUAGCAGAAUUAUAAAAUAUGAAAACCUAUGUAAAGUUUUCUACAUGAAAAUAAUAUGUAUAAUACUGUUAUAAUACUCCAUGCUUUAAUGAAGUGGUAAAUCAAUAAAGUUUUAAGAAGUGGA